AUGAAAUACUCUGCGAUGUAUAAUACAUUUGAAAUUGCAGAAUUUCUUAUUUCACAUGGAAUCAAAAUUCAAGGAAAUGAUGAAACCAAAGUAACUUACAAUGUUUUAUUUUCUCAAAGAAUUCAUAUCAAUAAAAGUGAUAAAGAAUUAAUGACUGCACUUCAUUUAGCUGCAGAAAAUAAUAGCAAAGAAACUGCCAAAGUUCUCAUUUCACAUGGAAUUGAUAUAAAUGAAAGAGAUAAAUUGUUAAUGACUGCCCUUCAUUUCGCCGCAAAAAAUAAUUGCAAAGAAACAGUAGAAUUUCUUAUUACUAAUGGUAUUGAUAUCAAUGCAAGAGAUAAAUUCAAUAGAACUGCUCUUCAUUGUGCAGUUGAAAAUAAUUUCACAGAAAUCGCAAAAAUUCUAAUUUUGCAUGGUAUCGAUAUAAAUGUAAGAGAUAAUCUAUCAAGUUCUGCCCUUUAUUAUGCAGUGAAUAAUAAUAACAUAGAAAUGGCAAAAGUUCUUAUUGCCCAUGGUGCAGAUAUCAAUAUAAAUGAUCACUUUGGACGGCCGAUUCUUCACAACAGAAUUAUUAAUGGUAGUAAAGAAAUGAUUGAAUUUCUAAUCUCUCAUAAUGCGGAUAUUAACGCAAUAGAUAAAUAUGGGAAGACAGCACUCCAUAUUGCUGUAAAGAUAAACCGCUUAGAAAUUGUAGAUAUUCUUAUUUCGCAUGGAGCAGAUCUAACAAUAAAAGAUAAGAAUGGAAAUACUCCCCUUAUUCAAGCAGAACAGUUUUAUAGGAAAAAAAUAAAGGAAUUUCUAAUUUCUCAUGGUGCUUCUUCAUGA